AUUGCAGUCCAAAGUAAUCCAUCCACGGAGACUUUAUAGAAAUCAUCAGCUCAGAUCGUACCAAAGAUGUUCAGAAGUUGUUCUUCUCUUAUCUAAUGCCAGUCAGCAUCAUCUACUCUGUAGUAGUACUGCCGCAGCUAUCUAGUAAACCAACCAAUCAACCCCCAGAUCUCCCCUCAACAACAACUAGUAGCAAAAACCUAAACCAGACCUCCUCAAAAAGAAAAAUGACCCAAAGCCAUCAUGUGGGUAUCUACCUAGCAAAAAACAAAACCAAUAAACGCCAUCUUUAUCUGUCGCCAUCAUCGUCUAGAAGUAGAAGAUCAUGCAUCACACCAGGUGAAUAGCGUGGGGGAUCAUUGCAUGCGAUGUAUGUGAGAAAAGUAAAAAAAAAA